AACAAACGAAAAAGCAAUUAAAGCCGUAAAUACGAGGAUGCGAACAGAGUAGAGAUGAAGAUGGCGGACCAGAGUCAAAGUGUCGUGUUAAGGAGAAAUAGGCCUGGAACUAAGGCUCAGAAUUUUUACCGAUGGUGUGAAGAGGCCUAUGAAGAGAUGGACUCGACCCUUGUAGUGCAGCAGUACAUCCAGCAGACCAUCCGACAUGACCACAACAACAUUGACGCCAUUCUCAAUGCCCCAGAAACUCAAGAUGAAGGGGUUUGGAAGUAUGAGCAUCUAAGGCAGUUUUGUAUGGAGUUGAAUGGCUUGGCAGUACGACUACAGGGAGAGUGCCAGCCCACUACGUGCACUCAGAUGACAGCCACAGAGCAGUGGAUCUUCCUCUGUGCUGCACACAAGACACCCAAAGAGUGUCCAGCUAUUGACUAUACCCGACACACCUUGGAUGGGGCUGCCUGUCUUCUCAACUCUAAUAAGUACUUUCCCAGCAGAGUAAGCAUCAAAGAAUCCUCCGUAGCCAAACUGGGAUCAGUGUGCAGGAGAGUCUACAGGAUAUUCUCCCAUGCAUAUUUCCACCAUAGACAAAUAUUUGAUGAAUUUGAGGCGGAGACCUCUCUGUGUCGGCGAUUUACAGUUUUCGUAACAAAGUACAAUUUGAUGUCUCGGGAUAAUCUUAUUGUUCCUAUCCUGGAGGAUGAAGGCGCUGGACAAGGCGAGUCAGACGCAUAGGAUGGAUGUGUCUGAAAGUAGUUAGACGUGGAGAAAUAAUUGAUUGUGCUGUACAUUGAUGCUAAAACUUCAUGAUAUGUGCCCUGCCUACAGAAAAUAGUAGUGACUGGGCUCUCCCCCUGAAAAUGCAACAGUGGCUUAUUUGACACUGUUGUUUUGCUUUGAGAAUCUGAGCCUCGACUUUCCAAAUAUCAACACUGUGCUGUGGCUCUUGAUUUCUGUUGAUUGUUUUAUUUUUCAGUUGAAUAUUUGCACUGGCUCUUCAUUUCAACUCUUGAAAGGAUUAAUGGAGGUUGCUGCAUUGCUGUACAUUAUAUUGCAACUGAUGCCUUACAUACACCCAAAAGAAGGAAAAAGAAAUUCCAAAAGAAGAUAAAGGGGAGGGCCCAAUUAGACUCCAGUUACCCUCUAACUUUGGUGACAGUUGUAACACAAAGAUUUCCUACCUUUUACAGGUUAACAGGUGCUUUCUGAGGUACCAGGUACUUACAGGUAGGAUAGAAAAUGAAUUGAGCUGAUGGAAUCAGUAAAGGAAAUGUUUUAAAAGGAAAGUAAGUAAUGACUUUUGAGCUGUCAGUCUGCGCUUCAGAUGGAAAUGGCUUGUUACUGAACAUUUGACUUCUGUAGCCUGUUUUGAGGAUUAGCGUAAAAAGAGAAUAACAUUGUAUAGAAUUUAGUAAAUGGAUAGUAGAAGGA